AGAAGCAUUUUGGCUUAAGCUCCUUGCCUUUUCUGUUGCCUUUCACCAGUCCGUCACCAUGGUGUUUGCCCAGCUCGCUGAUGCCUUCUCCUUCUGCACCAGCCCGGACGUGCGGCACGUGCGCACCACAGCCGACCCCCCGAUGGCGCCAGAGGAGUCGCUGAAGAUGCUGAAGGAGGGCAACCGCCGCUUCGUGGACGGCCGUCCGCUGGGUGCGCGCACCAAGGACGCGGCAAGGCGGCAGCUGGUGGAUCAGGGUCAGGCGCCGCACACGGCCAUCAUCGGCUGUGCCGACUCCCGUGCUCCAUUGGAGACGAUCUUCGACGCCAUGCCAGGGGACCUCUUCGUGCUGCGCAACGCCGGGAACACCUGCACGCAUGCCGAGGGCAGCAUGGUGGGCAGCUUGGAGUUUGCUACGGGCAAGCUGGGCAGCCGCCUGAUCCUGGUUCUUGGACACACCAACUGCGGCGCCAUCGCCGGUGCGACCAAAACGUAUUUGGAGGCCAAGGUGCCUCAGAAGGCCGGCUCCGCGCUGCAAGGCCUGCUGCAGGACCUCGGCGCCGUGGCCGAGCAGGCGGUGCAGGAGGCCGGCCCCGGUGCCAGCGCCGACGAGGUGACCGCCCGCGCCGUCAAGGUGAACGUCUACCACACCAUGAGCUUCCUGCUGCGCUUCAGCGAGUCCAUCCGCUCGGCGGUGCGCGAGGGCACUGUGCAGAUCCAGGGGGGCAUCUACAACCUGGAGACGGGUUCCGUGGACUUCCUUGGCGCCUUGCCCACGCAAACGGAGCUGCUUGACUCCACGAUGGCCAUCCCCCCGUCCAUGGUGGAGGCUGGGGAGGCCCGCGGAAAGCAUGGCGUGCGCACGGGCGCCGACAGCGCGGUGCCCAAAGACGUGGCGCUGAAGAUGCUGAAGGCAGGCAACGAGCGCUUUGCCGCUGGUGCUCCCACGGCGACGCAGACCUCAGGCCCUAUGAGGAAGGCUUUGGUGCAGUGUGGCCAGGCGCCCCAUAGCGCCAUCCUGGGCUGCGCAGACUCCCGGGUGCCUGUGGACACCGUGUUCGAUGCUAUGCCAGGCGAACUUUUCGUGCUGCGCAACGCCGGGAACACCUGCACGCAUGCCGAGGGCAGCAUGGUGGGCAGCUUGGAAUUUUGCACCGGCAAGCUGGGCAACCGCCUGAUCCUUGUGCUUGGACACACAAAGUGCGGCGCCAUCGCCGGUGCCACGCAGACCUUCCAGGCCGGCGGUGAGAACGCCCCCGGCUCUGCGCUGGAAGGCCUGCUGCAGGGCUUGUCCAGUGUGGCCAAGGACGCCAGCGAGGAGCUUGGCCCUGGUGCGUUGCAGGAGGAACUGGCCGCACAUACCACCAAGGUCAACGUCUUUUCGUCCAUGAACUUUUUGCUGAAGUAUUCGGAGCCCAUCAGGGAGCUGGUGCGCAAGGGCGACUUGGACAUCCAAGGCGGCAUCUACCACCUGGAGACGGGCCGCGUGGAGUUCUUGGGCCGCUCACCCCAGCAGGCAGAGCUGCUCGCCGCUGAGGGCACGCUGCCGCCGUCCAUGGCUUUGGGCACAGUGCGGACCACCUCCGACGGGCCCAUGGCGCCCCAGGCCGCGCUGAAGCUGUUGAAGGUGGGCAACGAGCGCUUCGUGGUGGGUGCGCCGAAGGCUGGCAAGGUGCACAGCAGCAUGCGCGAGACCCUGGCCACGGGGCAAGCGCCCCACACAGCGCUGGUGGGCUGUGCGGAUUCUCGUGUCCCCUUGGAGACCGUCUUCGACGCAUUGCCCGGGGACCUCUUUGUUCUUCGCAAUGCCGGCAACACCUGCACACAUGCGGAGGGCAGUGUCUUGGGCAGCUUGGAGUUCUGCACCGGCCCGCUGAAGACUCGGCUCAUCUUCGUGUUGGGCCACACCAGCUGUGGUGCUAUCAAGGGCGCCACCUCCACUUUCCUGUCCGGGCAGAAGACGAAGGCGCCUCAGGCGCUGGAUGCCUUGUUGCAAGGCCUGGGCUCCGUGGUCUCCGACGCUCAAAAGGAGUUGGGCAAGAAGGCGACCGAGGAGCAGGUUGCCGCCCACGCAGUGAAGCUCAACGUCUUCCACACCAUGAACUUCAUGUUGAAGUACAGCGAGCCGAUCCGCCAGAAGGUCCGCAGCGGUGAGCUGGAGAUCCAGGGCGGCGUGUACGACCUGCAGACCGGCCGUGUGGAGUUCCUGGGAGCCAGCCCUUCCCAGGCCAAGCUGGUGGCGGCGGAGGGUGCCGUGGCUCCUUCCCUCAAGAGCAAGAUGCAAGGAGCGUAGAGAGGUCCGCGCAAUGGCGCGGCCGACGGGCCGAAGGGCCCCGAAACGCGGCAGACAAAAUGCUGCAGGCGGUCGCCGGGACUGGCAGGGUCCAGCUCGGCCCGCUCCUUUUAAGGAGCCUCCGAUAAAUGCCUCUUGUAUAGUGCAUAGAAUUACUGCGCACAAGUCUGCAGUGACUGGAGGUUUGUUGCCCCUAUUUUGAUCCUUUCAGGCUGCACGGCAGCCAGAUCCAGCGGGUUGGCCAGGAUUUUUCCUCUUCCGGAGCCGUCUGCAGGAUUGCUUAGGUCUAGCCCGGGGCGCUGAAACGCCGCUCCUGUGGCCCGGCACCUUACACGAGGUCGCCUAUACCUUACAGCCUUACAUGAGCCUUG